CUUUCCAUCCCGUUGUCUCGUCUUCUCCCCUCCCCCUCUCUCUUAUCGAAACCCUAACCAUAAUCCAAAUCCUAACCCCAAUUCUUUCUCUCCGAUUUAAUUAUAAAAACAAAACUUGAGGCAAAAAAAAAAAAAAAAGCAAGAGAAAAAAAAUCUCUACCUCUCCUUUGCCAAGAUUCCCCUUCGCACUUUCGCCGGUCUCAAAUCCAGAAAGUUUUGAGAUAAAAAUUUGUUCUUUUCUUUUGCUCUCCCCCUUCUAUAAGAAUGCACGCCGUCUGCUCUCAAACCCCAGACAUGGCCAUCCCCUUCCCCCACCUCCUUUACUCCGAGACGCCCCCCAUUCCGGCGCCCCUCGCCCCGCUAGUGGAGGCGACGACCGCCCCGACGCAGGAUGAUCUGAAGCGCAUCGCCGCUCACCGCGCCGUGGAGCUGGUGGAGUCCGGCAUGGUCCUUGGCCUCGGCACCGGCUCCACCGCUGCCCACGCCCUGGACCGCAUCGGCGAGCUUAUCCGCCGCGGCACCCUCCGCGACGUCGUCGGCAUCCCCACCUCCAAGAAGACCGAGGCCCACGCCGCCGCCGUCGGCAUCCCCCUCUCCGACCUCCAUGCCCACUCGGUCGUCGACCUGUCCAUCGACGGCGCCGACGAGGUCGACCCGUCGCUCAACCUCGUCAAGGGCCGCGGCGGCUCCCUCCUCCGCGAGAAGAUGAUCGAGGGCGCCAGCCGCCGCUUCGUCGUCAUCGUUGACGAGUCCAAGAUGGUCCCCCGCAUCGGCGGCAGCGGUCUCGCCGUCCCCGUCGAGGUCAUCCCCUUCUGCUGGGGCCACACCCUAAAUCGCCUUCGGAGCCUCUUCGACGGCGAGCCCGGCUUCGAUGCCAAGCUCCGACGGGCCGCCACCGCCGGCGACGGUGGGCAAGGCGACCCCUUUGUGACGGACAAUGGAAAUUUCAUUGUGGAUCUAUACUUCGAGAAUGGGAUCCAUGGCGAUCUGGAUCUGAUCAGCGAUAAGAUAUUGAGGAUCACCGGGGUGGUCGAGCACGGGAUGUUCCUUGGAAUGGCAUCGUCGGUGAUCAUCGCCGGCGAGGACGGCGUGACGGUGGUGGACAAGCGGGAGGUGAGGUGAGGCAGUUUGAUGACGCGAGGUAGAAAGAUUUGAUUUUUAGUCGACUAGAUUAGUAGAUGAUAUAUUGGUCUUCAAAAGGAAAUAAUGAUAGUUUCUCUUUUGAAUUGUCGAAGAAUUUCAUUGUAUCUGGGGGGAUUUCAUGCUGGGGAUGGCGAUCGUAUUGUUGUAGGGAGGGAAGAAGCUUAAAGCUUGAUUUGCCAUGAAUUUUUGUUGGGAAUUCAACAUAAUGGUGAUCUAGUAAAAUUUGGUGCGGUUCCCUUCUUCAUCUA